UUUGAUGCAUGUAAUUAGACAUUCUCACAGAUUUAAAACAGCCUAGUAUUUGAGAAACCAAUUGAGUGCUUUCCUCCAACAGAGCCACCCGCACGCAGCCCAUGACACACACAACAUAAUCACACAAAACUGGCAAAAUCUCUAUAUUUUUUUCCCUCUGAUUUUCCCACUUCUCAAACAUCCCUCAAACUCAACAAAGCGAAAAAACCCAUUUUAUCUGUUUCAUUUCACAACAUCUCCAUAAUAAUAACCAUGACCACAACAACAGCAACAACAACAACAACUUUCCUUCCUCUCCUCCAAAUCACCACAACUUUUUUCUUAUUCUUCUUCCUCCAAUGUCUUCCUUCUUUCAUCUCUGCAACUCAAACUCUGUUUUUGCCUUUGAAAACCCAAACACUUCCAGCUCCAAGACCUUCUUCAAACAAGCUCUCUUUCCACCACAACGUUACCUUGACUGUCUCUCUUUCGGUCGGCUCUCCCCCACAGAAUGUUACCAUGGUCCUCGACACAGGGAGCGAGCUCUCUUGGCUCCACUGCAAGAAAUCCCCAAACCUCCUCUCCAUUUUCAACCCUCUUGCUUCUUCUUCGUACUCUGCCAUCCCCUGUUCUUCCCCUGUUUGCAGGACCCGGACCAAGGAUUUUUCCAUACCUGCUUCCUGCGACGCGAAAAAGCUCUGCCAUGCUACUCUCUCAUAUGCUGACGCUUCCACCAUUGAAGGCAACCUUGCAUCCGAUACUUUCCUAGUCGGGUCGGAUCGACGACCCGGAACAAUUUUCGGAUGCAUGGAUUCCGGGUACAGUUCCAACUCCGCUGAAGAUUCCAAGACCACCGGGUUAAUGGGUAUGAAUCGUGGGUCGUUGUCGUUUAUUACCCAAAUGGGUUUUCCUCAAUUCUCGUAUUGCAUAUCGGGUUCUGAUUCUACCGGGGUUUUGCUUUUCGGGUCCGCGAGUUUUUCUUGGCUUCGGGCUUUGAGCUACACGCCAUUGAUCAAAAUCUCGACCCCAUUACCGUAUUUCGACCGGGUGGCUUAUACGGUCCAGCUCGAAGGGAUCAAAGUUUCGAGCAAAGUGUUGUCUCUCCCGAAAUCCAUUUUCGAACCGGACCAUACCGGGGCGGGUCAAACCAUGGUUGAUUCGGGUACCCAGUUCACGUUCCUUCUGGGACCGGUUUACACUGCUUUGAAGAACGAGUUCAUGCAACAAACGAAAGGGUUGCUUAAAGUUCUCGACGACCCAAAUUUCGUUUUCCAAGGAGCUAUGGAUUUGUGUUUCCAAAUUCUGACGACGCCUAGGCCGAAUUUCGCCGGUUUGCCGAAGGUGAGCUUGAUGUUUCGGGGAGCCGAGAUGAGCGUAUCGGGCGAAAGGUUGAUGUAUCGGGUACCCGGGAUGGUGAAGGGGAGGGAUUCUGUGUACUGCUUCACAUUUGGGAACUCGGAUUUGUUGGGUAUAGAAGCGUUUGUGAUUGGUCAUCAUCAUCAGCAAAACGUGUGGAUGGAGUUUGAUCUGGUGAGAUCCAGGGUAGGAUUUGCAGAGGUCAGAUGUGAUUUAGCAAGUCAACGACUAGGUUUGGGGAUCUAAAAACGCAAAACAACCUUAUUGGAUCAUGGUCCCACAUUGUCCUUAUCAAUGGGGCCCACAUUAAAUGAAGGCGAAAAAAAAAAAAAACAAACGGUUGGGCCUACUGAUCUAACUGUGUGGUGGUGGUGUAGGCAAAUAGAAAUGCUACUGCAAGGGAAAAAAAUAAAAUAAAAAAGUCAAGUUGUACUUUCUCUUCUUUUCCCAUCUCUCUCUCUCUCUCUCUCUCUCUCUGUGUAAAUUAAAAAUUUUCUAUUUGUAUCUGAGAUUCUCCGAAUCUCUCUGCAAGUGUUGGUGGGAUGUUGAAGAAGCUGACAGACAUUGUGUUUGGAUUUGAUCAUGAUGAUGGUGUAGAUCAGCGGCUGAUAGGGCUUUGGUGUUUAUGAUGUGGGUGUGGAAUUGUAUGUAGGGAAGCAAAUGGAGAUUAUACGGAGGUUUUUCUGAGUAUUAAGUGUGAAUAUGUCAGAAGGCCAGCCUGGUAAUCAGAUGGCUGAAUAGUUUACAAAAAUCAAUCAAAUCAUUAUGUGCCGUAGCUUGUCAGGAUUAUUCAAUAUAUGUCAUCAGACAUACGUCAAAUUAAGAUUCUUUUUCUUUUUCA